AGAUUUGUUAGAGCAGUGAGUAACGUACAAUCUCUGAAUUUUCAUAUAAUGAAAUGGAAAGUAUUACUAACGAUGACGAACAUUUCCGUUGCUAAUCAUUUAGCUUUGCGGAAAAAUUCACUUCUCUCUAUCAACAUUAACCUUUCAAUUCUGUCUAUCCACUAAUUCCAUCCGAUCUAUCCAUUAUAAUAAUGCACACAUUAUUGGUGCGAAUUCUGGAACACCGACAGCUUUCACAUGCUGGACAACUGUUUACUUUGUCCGAUUAUGACGUCAUCACUGAUUUGCAUCGAACGUUGGCGAAAAUCAAAUCAAUCUUUAAUGCGUCUGACUACUGUCGUAAUGCAAACGACCAGAGUGUCGUCGAGAUCGUCUUGGCCCGUAUCACUGCUGCAAUCCGUGAAAUGAAUAGCAUCGAAACUUAUGCUCCAGCGUUAGUCGAUACACUUGGUAGCUGUUUGACUCAUGAGAUGACCGCUGCUGAUUUAAGUGGUGUUAUCUUGGACACGCCACAUUUGCCAACAGCAAUACGGGCGUUAAGUUGCGGAAGUGAUGAGUUAACUCGAAAUACUACCGGGUAUUUAUCUUUGGCCGCUAUACAUAAUGGACGUCUUCUUGCACAAUACUCCCUACAAAUUAUCACUAAUGUACUUAGCGGCAACUUCUCAUUGGUGAGGGUAAUUCCGCAGCUUUAUCCGGAGAAUCGCGAACCGUUCCAUGCUCAUUUUCCGCAGAUUCUCAAAUUGCUUCAGAAUGAACAAACGGAUCAAUCAGAACGUCUUUCCAUUCUGCAGUUUACAUCCAUGGUUGCUAACGCUAAUCCUGAUCUAAUUCUCAAACAUCUGGAUGAUCUCGACAUUUUUCUUUUUCACCCACCUACUCGCACUGCUGUCCUUCACAUUUUCUUGUCGCUUAUCUCACUGAAUCGGACAUUUGCUCUGGUUCCACACCUGGAUGCACUGCGUCGAGCUGCUAAAACAGCAGAUUCGGACAACACUUUGGCAACAAUGGCCAAAAUAAUUGGCGUCAUUGGAAGGAAUGAUAGUAACGCGGCACAUAUUGCUGUGGAUGAUCUGAUAACGAUGAGUUGUCGACUUUCUGAUUCUCUUCCCACAAUACUCAAAGAAAUUGAAAGUGUGGCGGAAUGUUUCCCAGCUGCAGUGCAUCCGCAUCUUGCUUUCAUACGUUCCAUACCAGAAACGCGUCCUUCUACAUCGGCUGUUUGCUCAAGGAUCCGAGCACUUAGCAGAAAUGGUUAUUUGUACCAGGCAGAAUGUCAUGAAGAUGCCACCAUGGUCAAUGUUAUCGGUAGUAUGGGUGUGCAGCACUCUGAUGAUUCUCUUGUCUCUAAGUUAUCCUUCAAGAUUGACGCUCCGAUCAUUUCAAGCGGUGUUCGCACAACGGUAAAUAUCAGUGAUUCGGCAGAGCUUUCGGCACAAGAACUCGAUAAGAAUACUGAGAAUUUGGCAAACGCGUACAUGUGUAGCAGGUUACGAUCCAGCUGCUCCCUUAUUAAUCAAACCAGUCGAUCGUACGGUAGCUUGAAUCCAUACAUUGAAAAUAUAGCAGUUGCUGAAACAACAUCCCGUGAUUCCCCGUUAUCCAUAAUAUCAUCUCAGAGCAAUCGACAUUGCAAUGGUGUUGCUUUUGUACCGAUAUGUCCGCCACCAUCUUAUCAAUCUCCAAAAGGACAAACAGUGCAGCAGAAGGCCCCUUCGCCGUUAUUACCAACUGCCGUACAGAUGGGUAAGGAUGGCCGGGUACGUCCACUUGCAAUGCACCAGCGCCGAACGAAUGCUGCGCAAUGGAUGCCAUUACUGGUAGGGCGACCUGCUACCACGAUAACAACACCAGCUCCGGCGACAAUUUUAGCCGCUAGUGCUCCCAGGACUACAAAAUCAGUUACUGAAACCACUUUUCCCGUAAAUAGUGGCUCAGUUAAUUCUAAAUCAGCUGUCGGAAAUUCUGCUCCUGUGAUACCACCACAUUCUGUGCUGGAGGAUUUUUUAUCAACCAGCCACGCUGGGACAGCGACAAACACUACCGCAACAAGUGAUGCCGUAUCAACGGAUAUAGCUAUUGCAUACGGACGAGAACAGACACAAACCUCGGAUACGAUAGAUCGUGGAGACGUGGUGUUACAAUUUGUUGAUCAUCGCCGAAGUAAAAUACAAAAUUAUAUUCAUAAUAUCAGUAAAACAUAUCCAAUACCAGUGCUUUGUAUCGGAGAGGGUAAUAAAGGAGUGAAACAUCGAAUGCGGAUUUAUUUCCGGUGUGAAGUAACCGAUGACCACUGUAUAUAUGAUUCAAACCAACUUUUCAGUUUUAAAACACAUUGUGCUCCUAUAUGGCUUCAUCUCAUGUUCUUGCAGAUGGAAGCAGCAAGCAUCAUAACAACCGGUCAGGUAGUUGCCCAAUGUUCUGAAAUGUAUCAGACAUUGUCCAAUUGUUGGAGCUCUCUUCCUUCUGCGCAGACUCGGAAUCGUCCUUUUCUAGAGCUUGUAACUUCUGCAUUUCCGGCUCACAAGAUUUGUUUUUCGAGUGAACAACAACAAAUUUUAAAAGAACUUCUCGAUGCCCGUUAUUUUGAUUCAUUUUCCUACAAUACGGCACUGCAGAAAUGGUCCUGCUUUAGCUGUAGCCAUCCAGAACGCGUUAGGACGAUUUUACGGUCGGAUUCACCACAUUUGCCAGUUCUUGAAGGCCAGCUGAAAGAGAAACGAGGACGAUGGAAAUUCUUGAAACGCUGGCAUACUAAAUACUUCACAUUAUCCGGUUCAGCACUAAUUUGUCGGGAAGAAACUUCAAAUGCGGCAGACGACAAAAUUAUCUCUCCAGCCCUUGAUUUACGGAAGAUACGCUCUGUGAAAUCACUGGGUAAAGGAAGGAAGAGCCGCAAAUCACUACCGAAAGCAUUCGAGAUAUUCACUGAUGAUGAUAUUUCCUACAUCUUAAAGGCUAAUGAUCAAAGCAAAGCUGAAGAAUGGGUGCAGUGCUUACAAAUAGCUAUAGCUCAAGCACACAAGGGACGAUGA